AAAGUGAAUAGUGAUAAACCACAAAAACCCUAAUAGUGACGGUGAGAAGGCGAAGAGGAGGUGACGGGGAGAAGCAAUGGUGUCACUCAAGCUCCAGAAACGGCUUGCCGCAAGCGUGAUGAAAUGUGGCAAGGGAAAAGUGUGGCUUGAUCCCAAUGAGUCUAGCGAUAUCUCCAUGGCCAAUUCCAGGCAGAACAUCAGGAAGUUGGUGAAGGAUGGUUUCAUUAUCAGGAAACCCACCAAGAUCCACUCACGCUCUCGUGCAAGGAGAAUGAACGAGGCUAAGAGAAAGGGUCGUCACUCUGGUUACGGUAAGAGAAAGGGUACAAGGGAGGCGAGGCUGCCAACGAAGAUUCUUUGGAUGAGAAGAAUGAGGGUGUUGAGACGCUUUCUAAGCAAGUCCCGAGAGACCAAGAAGAUCGAUAAACACAUGUACCACGACAUGUACAUGAAGGUGAAAGGAAACGUUUUCAAGAACAAGCGUGUUCUUAUGGAAAGCAUCCACAAGCUAAAGGCCGAGAGAGCAAGAGAAAAGACACUCGCUGACCAGUUUGAGGCCAAGCGCAUCAAGAACAAGGCAAGCAGGGAGAGGAAGUUUGCCAGAAGAGAGGAGCGUUUGGCUCAGGGACCUGGAGGAGAGAAAGCAGCAGUUACCGCACCAGCAACACAACAGGAAGCAGAGGUAACCAAGAAGAAGGCGAAGAAGUGAGAUCUGUUGCGAAAAAAAUUGGGGUUAAAAUAUGGAGUUUCCUUGUAGAAGAAAACUCCCAGUAUUAAUCUUCUGUAUUUUGUUUGGAUCUCAGUUUGCUUUUGCUUUUUUAAUAAACCCAAAAAGUUUUGUCUUUCUGUAUUUUGCACAAUUUUCCUUGGUUCGCUGAUCUUAGAAACUAUUACCACAGGAAGUUUUACUA